AAAACUCGCAAGCGGCGGAUACCUCGCAAGCCUCGGGGCGUACCACGAGCUGCACUGUUUGCGAAGGAUGCGUCUCUGGUUAUAUAGAGAUGUGCACUUCCCUAAUGCAACCCUGGAGGACGAGAGCUUCAUGAAGAAACACCUAGAUCACUGCAUCGAAGUUCUCCGAAUUUCAUCAAUGUGUAAUGUGGACCUUGGGUUCUAUACCUUCUUUUGGGGUCCUAAGGAGUCGGUCAAACCGCAAUCGCGCUCCACAUCCCCACGAAAGUGCGUCGACUGGGAGCGCUUCGAGGUGUGGAGCAUGGCGAGGAAAGUGGCGUUGCAUCCGAUGCUUCUCCGGCCAACAGAUGAAGUAGGAGAUUUAUCACAUAAUCUGGUGUGACGGCUUCAUGUUUCAUGAAAG